AUGGUCUCUGUCAAGUCGGCGGCCGUCGGCGCCCUGCUGGCAAUUGCCCAAGCCCAAUCCAAGAUUCGUCAUCCCAACGAAGAUCUCAUCCUUGCUGAUUGUGGCAUUGGAGACAACAAGGCCCAUCCCAAGUGGUCUACUUCCCGCCAGGUAAACUGGUACAAAGACAUCAAGUGGCCUGAGGAUGCUUCCUCAUUCCCUGCUGCCCCUGACUUGUCUGUUGAAGUUCCGUAUGCAGGUGGACAAUAUCCCUGGAACCCCAAGGGAACCACCGUCAAACUCUCCAACGGUGUCGUUUGGACAGCCUACAUCAACCCUGCCGUUGCCGAUGGCAUGCCUGCCGGAUCCGCCGUCACCACCAAAGAGGGUGGUCAAGAGCUCAACUGUUUUGCCUACCGUGGCCGUCCUGUCAGUGCUGCUCUCAACAAGACAGUCACCGACGAUGCUGUUUGCCUGUCUGCCUUUGUCUGCAACCGCGACAAACAAGCUCCUCCUCGUCCAAGCGACAUGAGCUCUCCUACCUCAACUUUGCAGACAAAACCCGCUCCUCCUGCCACCACUUUCAUCUCAACUGCUCCUGCAACCCCUAGCCCUACUGGCGGCAAUGAGCCACCACCUCCUGCCGACCCCAAUGCUGGCAAGCUGUUUGUGAAUGCUCUUGUCAGUCCUCGUUUCAUCAACUGGCCCAACACCUGGCAAGCCUUCAUUGAGAAGUUCUCCUGGGAUCGACAGACUGGCAAAUGUGUUGCUCAACCUGUCAAGGGAGACGGAUACACCAUCAACAUCGAUUGCGCUGGAAUCCAGAUCGAUUCUGACUCCCACUUGACCCUUCUAUUGAUCAAGUCUCUCAGCGAUCUUGGCAUGAACAGCACUCUGUUCAACCAGAAUCCCAUUGUGCCCGGAAAGCGCAACGCAACUUCAGAUCACUGGGUCGUCAUGCCAGAAGCCUUCAGCCUCCAGGCUAUUGAUGUUGCUCAUCAGAACACCGUUGGCUAUCUCAGUUACAACACAAGCUACGACAACUUCCUGAGCGGGCCAUGCGUUUCCUGCGACACCAAGAGGUUCGACACACAGUUUUUCAGCCCUAUCCUGGCUGCUAUGAAGGGCACCUACCCUCGCUACAACAGCUACAACGUUGAGGCCCAGUGCAGCCCCUGGAUGGCAUGCUUCUAA